UGAUACACAAGGAAUAGAAAUUAGAAAGCAGAGGCAAGCAAGAAAAAGUAUAGAAUGAAGGUUGUGUUGUGUGUGUAUCCCUACAAGUGUUUUGUGUUUUCCCUUUCCUGAGGCUGAGGCUCCGUCCAUGGCAGAGGCAUCUCCAAAGGCGAACCUCCUCCUGGGGCGGUUCGAGCUCGGUAAGCUCCUGGGCCACGGAACCUUCGCGAAGGUCCACCACGCGCGCAACACCAAAACCGGGGAAGGCGUGGCCAUCAAAAUCAUAAACAAGGAGAAGAUCCUCAAAGGCGGUUUAGUGUCCCACAUAAAGCGCGAGAUCUCGAUCCUCCGCCGCGUGCGCCACCCCAACAUCGUCCAGCUCUUCGAAGUGAUGGCCACCAAAACCAAGAUCUACUUCGUGAUGGAGUUCGUCCGCGGCGGCGAGCUCUUCAACAAGGUCGCCAAAGGGAGGCUCAAGGAACAAGCCGCCAGAACCUACUUCCAACAGUUAAUCUCCGCCGUCCAGUUUUGCCACGCGCGAGGGGUCUUCCACAGGGACAUCAAGCCCGAGAAUUUACUCCUGGACGAAAACGGAAACCUGAAAGUCUCCGACUUCGGACUGAGCGCCGUCUCGGACCAGAUAAGGCAGGACGGGCUCUUCCACACCUUUUGCGGCACUCCUGCUUACGUGGCACCGGAGGUUUUGGGUCGCAAGGGCUACGACGGUGCCAAGGUUGAUAUUUGGUCUUGUGGGGUUGUCUUGUUUGUUUUGAUGGCCGGCUACUUGCCCUUUCAUGAUCGUAAUGUUAUGGCUAUGUAUAAGAAGAUUUACAAGGGUGACUUUCGUUGUCCCAGGUGGUUCUCUUCUGAUCUCACUCAACUUCUCUCUCGCCUCCUCGACACCAACCCUCACACCAGGAUUUCCAUCCCCCAAAUCAUGGACCAUCCCUGGUUCAAGAAGGACUUCAAGCAGAUUAAAUUCUACGUUGAGGAUGACAGGGUUUGUAGUUUUGAUGAUAAGCUUCAGCUCCAGCUUCAUCAUGAUGAUCAUGCUGAUGAUGAUUUCGCCACGUCUGAUUCUGAGGUUGAGGUUAGAAGGAGGAAUACUACCAAUGCUUCGUUGCCGAGGCCUGCCAGUUUGAAUGCGUUUGACAUCAUAUCGUUUUCCCAAGGCUUUGACCUCUCUGGCUUGUUUGAGGAAAAAGGCGAUGAGGCCAGGUUUGUGUCUUCUGCUCCGGUUUCCAAGAUUAUAUCGAAAUUAGAGGAGGUUGCUCAGUUGGUUAGUUUUACUGUGAGGAAGAAGGACUGCAGGGUCAGCUUGGAGGGGUGUCGGGAAGGUGUGAAGGGGCCUUUGACCAUUGCUGCUGAAAUUUUUGAGCUGACACCUUCCUUGGUGGUGGUGGAGGUCAAGAAAAAGGGAGGGGAUAAGGCCGAGUAUGACAAGUUUUGCAACUCUGAGUUGAGGCCUGCUUUGGAGAAUUUGAUGGUGGAGGAAACAGCUUCUUCUUCAGGCCAAUCUACGCACUCUGAAUCUAAAUCUAAACCCCCACAACGAGUUCUUUCUGAAUCUGCCCUUGACAAACAUUUAGGUAAUGAAUCUUUGUACCAACGGGAAUUGGGUUUUGCAGAAGAGACUAGUAUCUUGCAAGAGGAUGAAUCAAGGUUCGAAUUUGCAUCAGAUAAGGUGCCUACAUUUACUAUCGGAUAAGGUGUUUACAUUUAUUGUCUGUGUCUCGAACAUGAUUGUUUUGAAAGAGUGAAACAUGUGAGAAACCAAAAAGACAAUGAAUGUUUUGUAUUAGCUAAGGUACCAGAAGAAUGACACGAGAUAAUAGGAUACUGCUGCUCUCGUUUUUUUAUUUUUAUUUUUAGGUUGUGUGUAAUAUGUUAAAUUUUUCUUUCUUUUUCACUCGAGAAAGAAUUGUCCUGCUUUUUAGGUUUGCUACUUGACUGGAGCAUUAGAUACUACUGUAUUUGUAUGUCCAAAAAAUGUUGUAUUGUAAGGCUGAUUUAAUUUAAAUAUACUGAAUAAAGUGUACAUGUUCACAUGUCUUGGCGCA